GUUUCAUAAUAUGAAAAAUUUUAACUAUGAUUAAAUCUUUGAGUAUUUUCUUGCACCGAGUGUCCGAGGACAUUCACUGGCAUCGGACAGAGGCACCUUACCCAGUCGAGCAACUGUAACUGUGCACCCCAAUAUACGCCACUGCAACCCUACUUCUUUACUUGCAUUCAAUUCGGGUUGUUAAUAAAAGCACCAGAGAUUAUUGCCAAUUAACUGUUUGAACAUACAGCAAUUUACGUACAAAACUCGUCAUUGAGAAUUCCAAUUCCCUGUAAAGAGGUAGUGCGAUUUCGAUGCCUUCAACGAUGCACUGAUUUCAUUUGCGAUAUUCAAUGACUUACAACGAUUAACAAAGGAGUCGGGCUGUAAAACUUGAUUGAAACAGUAAGCACGGUACCUAUCAGCCAUAAUGCUGCGUAAUUAGUUCAAUACGCAUACAAAACAUUCAUACACACACACACGUGCAAAGUCAUCGACACCAACAUACACCGCAUACCGGCAACUGGCGACACCAAAGUAAUUAACUGCCACUAAUGUGCCCAAAGAAAACGAUUUCAAUUAGAGGUACAAGGCAUCCGAAAUGCUCAUAUGCCUCUAAUAAUCCUGACCCCCAGUCCUUGCAACACUACCAUUCAACCAACUGGUGGUGGGAGUUUUUAGCAUAUAAAAACAACGGCAAUUGCGUUCGCAGUCACAGUCGAAGCAAAACAUUGUCAACGUUGGUACAUAUUACAGAAUAAAGCCAUUGAAUCCUUUUAGAAGAGACAACAGCAAACGAAUACGCACGGGAAGGUGGCAAGUAUCGACACAUCAAUGGCUACAACAAUGUCAAUGCAGCAACAACAUAGAGCGCGGCAUGGAGCGCCACUUACAACGGAUCCACCAUUUAUGCUUGGUCGCGCACCUUGGUGGCAGCCGACAGCGCCUGCAGGCCGACGACGUCAACACAAACGAAAGAUCGCAUUUACCGAGGCGUUGAAGGAUUUCCUGCAGAAUGUAUCCUUUCAUUGUUACAACAAAUUAGUUGAGCCGCGACGGCGUUUUCACGAACGUUUCUUUUGGACUAUUUUCCACAUUACAACGCUGAGCGUUCUGAUUGCAUUCCUUGGCAAAAUACAAAUAUUUGAGGGACAACUCUUGAGUACCGUUAUGUAUGAUUCAUUGUUUCCCAUCAGCAAAGUUCCCUUCCCCACCAUUUCGAUUUGUUCGCUGAAUCGCAUUUCGAAUGCCUCGGUUAAUAGAUAUGCUGAGAAGCUUAACAUGAAAGAUCCACAAAAGCGCGGCGUCAAUUACUUUUAUAAUCAGAUAAAGAAAUUAAGUCGCCCAUAUUCUAGAAAAGAUAUAAAUGACGACGAUUAUGAAGAUUUCUUAGAAUUUCAAAACUUUUUGGAUAUAUACGAUACCACGGACGCGGAGAGUUUUUAUGACACCAGAGAUCGCAUGAAAGUGGUAUGGAAAAACAUAUUCGGGUGGCACUGUAGACUUGAUGUUGAAAAGAAUCCAAAUUGUAUCGAUAUCGUUGGCCUGCAUCUUAAAGGCGUAAGUGCAGCACUUUCCAGCAUAGACAAAGAAGCUAAAGAGGUGAACGAAGACAAGUACAAUCUGCCAACAAAUGAAGAGUCCAUGCCUUUUGGGACGCACGUCACAGUUGGCAGUUAUAAUCUUGAAGUAAUGAAGGACUUGGCAUUUGUAGGAUCCAGCAUAAACACCAUAAAUAAUGCCAGCCUGGAAGUGAAGAAUAACUCUUGCCAACCGUUAACUCCAAAUUGUAAGGAUCUAUUCGUGCGUUGUCGCUUGGCUGGCGAGGAUAUAGAUUGCGCCACGAAGUUUACAGAAACACUGACAGCGAGUGGAUUUUGCUGCUCCUUCAAUGCUGAUGGCUUGUAUGCAAAACCACGUCCUACAAGGCUUAGUCUUUUUACGGCAUCUAAAGGUUUAGUACUUUUACUAAAUGCUUCAAGCGGUGAUGACUUUUUCAAGGAAUCGAUUUCUUCCGGUUUUAUGUUUUAUAUAUAUCCACAUGGAUAUUAUGCAGAUACUUCGAGCGGUUCGAUAAGAGAACGUUUCACACCAACUGGUGUGCACACAUACAUUUCAAUAGAGCCGAGCAUUAUGCAAACCGUUCACGAAGCGCGUAUUCUACCGGCAUUAGCACGAAAAUGUUUAUUUGAGGAUGAGCGACCUCGUAUCUAUGGCAAAAAGUAUAGCCACAAUAAAUGCAUUACACGUUGUCGCAUGAAUAGCAUGUUGGUGUUAUGUAAUUGUCUCUUGUUCACUUAUCCGGAGGAAUUGCUUGACGUGGAUAGAGAGUUUGCUUACUGUACUUUGCGGCAUAAGCCUUGUUUGGAACGUUAUUAUUUUAAAUGGUCCAACGUUAUUACCGAACGCGCAUACAUCCCUGGACUGGAACUUGAAAUGGAGGACGCUUUAUAUUGUCCGCAGUGUUUGCCUUUGUGUUCGUCAGUGCGUUACGCCAUCCAUACCAAUGAAUUGCCUUUAGUAAAUUAUUAUACACAUACCUUUCC